UGUGUGAUGAAAGAUUCCCCCUUUUUAGACGUAUGAGUAUGGUGGUCUGUGCUUGCUCAGACCUACUAGGCUUAACUGAGGUACUUUAAUUGUGCCACACGUUUGCGAACUUAGACUUGACGACUAAAACAGUCAUCCAUACUGUUCAUGUCACUUUUAUUUCGUUCUCUGAAUUCUAAGUGCUUUGUAGCGGCUUCAACUCCUCUGCUCGUCGGUAGUAAUCAACUCAGGAUGGUGAAAAGAAAAGCAAGCCAAGUCGAGGCCGCGCCGGACGUGACAAAUCUAAGAAGGUCGACGCGUCGAAAACCACUAGCGUCAGAAUCAACUAUUGAGACCAGCCAGGCUAAAUCGGUAGGAACAAGUGCGCCUCAACCUUCUAAGUCAAGAAAAGAGAGCGUAUCUGAGAAGUUAGAUUCGAAGAAGUCUUCGGAACCCCCGAAACCAAAGACAACGGCAAAGGCAAAGGCCAAAAAUGCUACGCAUCUAAGCUCGGGUUCAGAACCCGAGGCAGACAAGACAUCCAAUUCUUCGGAGAUAUCAUAUUGGCUUAUGAAAGCUGAGCCCGAGACACGAAUUGAGAGGGGCGUCGAUGUUAAGUUCUCCAUCGACGACCUAAAAUCACGAACAGAGCCUGAACCUUGGGAUGGUAUCCGUAAUUAUGUCGCCCGAAAUAACCUCAGGGAGAUGAAGAAGGGCGAUAUAGCAUUCUUCUACCAUUCGAAUUGUAAGGAACCAGGUAUCGUAGGUACCAUGGAGAUCGUGCAAGAACAUUCCCCUGAUCUGUCGGCGCACGAUCCGAAGGCGGCGUAUUAUGACGCCAGCUCAAAACCUGAUAACCCAAAAUGGAGUGUUGUACACGUCGUGUUUCGCAGCAAGUUCAACCGGAAGAUUGAGUUGAAGGAUCUUCGUGACAUGGGCAAACCGGGUCAGCCACUCGAGAACAUGCAAAUGCUAAAGCAGAGCCGGUUAAGCGUAAGUCGCGUGAGUCCCGCCGAGUUCGAAUUUUUGAUGGGCGUAGUAGAGGUACGGGGCGGCGAGACACUAGGGUCAUGCUAAAUGUGAGCGAUUCUUACUCUAGUUGGGACGG